AUGCCUGGGAAGAGAGGCUGGGGCUGCUGGUGGGCCCGGCUGCCCCUUUACCUGCUCCUCAGCCUCUACGGCCCCUGGGUACCUUCCUCCCUGGGGAAGCCCAAGGGCCACCCCCACAUGAAUUCCAUCCGCAUAGAUGGGGACAUCACAUUGGGAGGCCUGUUCCCGGUGCAUGGCCGGGGCUCAGAGGGCAAGGCCUGUGGAGAACUGAAGAAGGAAAAGGGCAUCCACCGGCUGGAGGCCAUGCUCUUUGCUCUGGAUCGCAUCAACAAUGACCCGGACCUGCUGCCCAACAUCACACUGGGCGCCCGCAUUCUGGACACCUGCUCCAGGGACACCCAUGCCCUCGAGCAGUCACUGACCUUUGUGCAGGCGCUCAUUGAGAAGGAUGGCACCGAGGUCCGCUGUGGCAGUGGCGGCCCACCCAUCAUCACCAAACCUGAACGCGUGGUGGGUGUCAUCGGUGCUUCAGGGAGCUCGGUCUCCAUCAUGGUAGCCAACAUCCUGCGCCUCUUUAAGAUACCCCAGAUCAGCUACGCUUCCACAGCCCCUGACCUGAGCGACAACAGCCGCUAUGACUUCUUCUCCCGCGUGGUGCCCUCGGACACGUACCAGGCCCAGGCCAUGGUGGACAUCGUCCGUGCCCUCAAGUGGAACUAUGUGUCCACGCUGGCCUCGGAGGGCAGCUACGGUGAGAGCGGUGUGGAGGCCUUCAUCCAGAAGUCCCGUGAGGAUGGGGGCGUGUGUAUCGCCCAGUCAGUGAAGAUACCACGAGAGCCCAAGACGGGUGAGUUUGACAAGAUCAUCCGGCGCCUCCUGGAGACCUCAAAUGCCAGGGCAGUCAUCAUUUUUGCCAACGAGGAUGACAUCAGGCGUGUGCUGGAGGCAGCACGAAGGGCCAACCAGACAGGCCACUUCUUCUGGAUGGGCUCUGACAGCUGGGGCUCCAAGAUUGCACCCGUGCUGCACCUGGAGGAGGUGGCUGAGGGUGCUGUCACUAUCCUCCCCAAGAGGAUGUCCGUGCGAGGCUUCGACCGUUACUUCUCCAGCCGCACGCUGGACAACAACCGGCGCAACAUCUGGUUCGCCGAGUUCUGGGAGGACAACUUCCACUGCAAGCUGAGCCGCCACGCGCUCAAGAAGGGCAGUCAACUCAAGAAGUGCACCAACCGUGAGCGCAUUGGGCAGGACUCGGCAUAUGAGCAGGAGGGGAAGGUGCAGUUUGUGAUUGACGCCGUGUACGCCAUGGGCCAUGCACUGCACGCCAUGCACCAUGACCUGUGUUCCGGCCGUGUGGGGCUCUGCCCACGCAUGGACCCCGUGGAUGGCACCCAGCUGCUUAAGUACAUCCGAAGUGUCAACUUCUCAGGUAUUGCAGGGAACCCCGUGACCUUCAAUGAGAAUGGAGAUGCUCCCGGGCGCUAUGACAUCUACCAGUACCAGCUGCGCAAUGGCUCUGCCGAGUACAAGGUCAUCGGCUCCUGGACUGACCACCUGCACCUCAGAAUAGAGCGGAUGCACUGGCCGGGGAGCGGGCAGCAGCUGCCCCGCUCCAUCUGCAGCCUGCCCUGCCAGCCGGGUGAGCGGAAGAAGACAGUGAAGGGCAUGCCCUGCUGCUGGCACUGCGAGCCCUGCACAGGGUACCAGUACCAGGUGGACCGCUACACCUGUAAGACAUGUCCCUACGACAUGCGGCCCACAGAGAACCGCACAGGCUGCCGGCCCAUCCCCAUCAUCAAGCUUGAGUGGGACUCGCCCUGGGCCGUGCUGCCUCUCUUCCUGGCUGUGGUGGGCAUCGCUGCCACAUUGUUCGUGGUGGUCACCUUUGUGCGCUACAAUGACACGCCCAUCGUCAAGGCUUCGGGCCGUGAGCUGAGCUAUGUGCUGCUGGCGGGCAUCUUCUUGUGCUACGCCACCACCUUCCUCAUGAUCGCCGAGCCUGACCUCGGUACCUGCUCGCUGCGCCGCAUCUUCCUGGGGCUAGGCAUGAGCAUCAGCUACGCGGCCCUGCUCACCAAGACCAACCGCAUCUACCGCAUCUUCGAGCAGGGCAAGCGGUCGGUCAGCGCCCCGCGCUUCAUCAGCCCCGCCUCGCAGCUGGCCAUCACCUUCAGCCUCAUCUCCCUGCAGCUGCUGGGCAUCUGUGUGUGGUUUGUGGUGGACCCUUCCCACUCGGUGGUGGACUUCCAGGACCAGCGGACGCUCGACCCCCGCUUCGCCAGGGGGGUGCUCAAGUGCGACAUCUCGGACCUGUCACUCAUCUGCCUGCUGGGCUACAGCAUGCUGCUCAUGGUCACAUGCACCGUGUAUGCCAUCAAGACGCGUGGUGUGCCCGAGACCUUCAACGAGGCCAAGCCCAUCGGCUUCACCAUGUACACCACCUGCAUCGUCUGGCUCGCCUUCAUCCCCAUCUUCUUCGGCACCUCGCAGUCGGCCGACAAGUUGUACAUCCAGACGACGACGCUGACGGUCUCAGUGAGUCUGAGCGCCUCGGUGUCCCUGGGAAUGCUCUACAUGCCCAAGGUCUACAUCAUCCUCUUCCACCCGGAGCAGAACGUGCCCAAGCGGAAGCGCAGCCUCAAAGCAGUCGUCACCGCUGCCACCAUGUCCAACAAGUUCACACAGAAGGGUAACUUCCGGCCCAACGGCGAGGCCAAGUCCGAGCUCUGCGAGAACCUGGAGGCCCCAACGCUGGCCACCAAACAGACCUACGUCACCUAUACCAACCAUGCAAUCUAG